UGAUAAACGGUGUUACUAGAUGUAAUUAUAAGGACAUAGCGGGCGUGGCUGAGCACUCGGCGGGGACUGCCCCUCCUCCCCCACCAGCCACAGAUGACCGUAUUCACGGCCGGCCAUGUCAUGUCGUCGUCCCAAGUCUGUUCAGCUGCGGCGCUUAUUACUGCAAUGGUCUAUUAGCAGUGCUGCGGUCCGUUAACCAAGUCACUACCGUCUCUCCUGUAUACUCCCACUCGAGAGCAUUGCAUCGCAUUGUCUUCCCAGCGCAAGUCGAUUACAUCAUGGGGUUCGCAUCGAAAAUCGCCGGCAGCCAGCCCGCAGGAGGAGGUCAAGGUGUCUAUUCGGGCGCGCCUCCCUCUGGGUACACGGGGGGUCCUCCGCCCGCUCAGCCUCAGCAGCAGUACCAGGCGUACCGCCCGUCGCCGCCACAGGCACCAGGGCAGCAGCAGCAGCAGCAGCAGCAGCCUCAGGCAUACCCACCGUCUGGUCAAGCAAGCGCCCCGGGACCAGGCUACAAUCAGUACCCCCCUCAAGGCCCUCCACAAGGAAACUAUGGACCGCCACCACCAGGAGGGCCAGGAGGACCAGCCCCUUAUGGCGGAGCAUACGGCGGUGCACCCCCGGGUCGAGGCCGUCGGGCAACGCCGCAGGAGCUUUCGACGUAUAAGCAGCUCUUAAGCGGUUCUAUCCAGGAUAACCAGAUCCAGUCGUUUUACCCUCCCCAGAAACUUGACCAAGUCGUCCAGAAUCUUGAGACCGCGCCGGAUAAGCUUCAACAGCUCAUAAAGGAGUGGAAUGUUCCCCAGGAGGUGGCCUUUGACGUUCUGAAGCUGUCUUUGUUUGACACCAUCAUCUAUGUCGACGAUAGUGGCUCCAUUCAGUUCGAAGAGGACGGAACCCGGUUGACCCAACUGAGACAAAUCUUGGGUCUCAUUGCUGCUGCCGCUUCCAAAUUCGACCAGGACGGUGUUAGCGUUCGGUUCAUGAACUCGGAUGAGAAAGGCGACAAUAUCCGUAGUAAAGAGGAUGUUGAAGCUUUGGUGUCACGUGUGCGGUUCUCCGGUCUGACACCAAUGGGAACGAGUCUGAAACAGAAAGUGCUGGAUCCAAUGGUGAUUGGCCCGGCAAGAGCUGGCCGUCUUGAUAAGCCGGUUCUUGUUAUCACAAUUACAGAUGGUCAGCCUGCUGGUGAACCACACAAUGCCGUCACGGAGGCAAUCCGCUCAGCCGUUGAUGAGUUGUCCCGCAGCGGCCGCUACCGUGGUGGUGUCAGUUUCCAAUUCGCACAAGUUGGAACUGAUUUGCAUGCUCGUCAGUUCUUGUCUAAACUAGACGAGGAUCCUAGCAUUGGUCAGUUGAUUGAUUGUACCUCGAGCUUCGAGGUGGAGCAGGAUGAGAUGUCUCGAGCAGUUCCACCAGUUAAUCUGACUCGAGAGCUUUGGAUUGCCAAAGUCAUGCUUGGUGCUAUCGACCCCUCCUACGAUACAAAAGAUGAAAAGGCAGCCGGAGCUGGACAACCUCCUCCUCCAUCUGGUCAAUAUGGCGGCUACAGCCAGCCUCCCUAUAACCAGGGUGGUUAUCCUCCAGCUCCUCAGGGCUACGGACAGCAAAACUACGGACAGCCUCCUCAGUCCGGUUACGGUCAACAGCCACAAGGAUAUGGUCAACAGCCACAAGGAUAUGGUCAACAAGCCCCCCCUCCUCAGUAUGGCGGCUAUGGCCAGGCACCUCCAGGACAGGCUCAGUAUGGUCAACAGCCACAAGGCAACUAUCCUCCUCAACAGGGCCACGGACAAGCUCCUCCCCCACCACGUCGGUAUUGAUUAGGUGAAGCGUUGCUGAGCAAGGUUGCAAGCUGAGACACAAUAAAUAGUGCUGGGAGAGGAAACAGUCCUUAAAAUGGUGGAGAAGAAUGGGUUGAUUCAGAUAAGGUAUAAAGACUGCUCUAGGAAAUAAUUUACUUUGUACAAGCGCUUUCACUCAAAGAUGACUCG